AUGGAUGCACCGAUUACCUUGAAUGAGACUCAAGAUGGAUUUCAUUGUCUUCAAAUCACGCCAAACACCAAGAUCUCAACCUGCGUUGCAAAAGCAAUAAAUCAUCUCAAGCAAGUCGAGAGCGCUCCGUUAUGCCUCCAUACGAUACCUUCUAAUUACAAGACGAUAGAAAAAGUGAUAUCAAGCUCAAAGAAAAAUCCUAUGUACAACAGUGUUGGAAAGUUGAUCAGUAUUGUAGAAAUAAUCAAACGAGAAUACAUAGCCGAGAUGAUAAAUCAAUCAUCAGGUACAACGAUUGACAAAAGUCACCCUUCAAGAAAUUAUUUGUAUCAAUAUAAUCAAUACGGCUCACUCGAAAGUUAUCAGCUUGAAAACCCUUGCUCGGAUCCAGGUAAAAUCUCUGAACGUCAUGAUUUGAUCAUCAAAGAGUUUUUGGACGAAGAGCGAAAAAGACCUCGCCAAACCCAUACACCUUACAUGAAGAUUUACCUUGCCUGCACCCCAAUCAUGUCACUAAAAGACAAACCAGACAUCUUUCAACAAGAAUCCUCUUCCUCACAAAACUCUACCAUAUCCACCAGCCAACCCGCAGAAAUCCCAACACAAGCUUUGGUCUCGAGUGAAGUCCCUGCAGUGUAAAUUAUAUGCCAUUUACGCCGCCGGUCUUUGUAGAAAUCAAAAGUAUAUAAUGUUUUGGUAAACGUGCACUGUUCGAAAACUUCUCCGGUACUUGAUUGAUUUGGAGAUCGACAAGGGGUGGUCACACAGAAAUCAAUUUUCGGUUACAAUAGAUCGAAGAGUAUACAAUCGCUUUCUCUAAUCAAAGGGGCUGGGUGUGCUAGCACCUGAAGGGAUAGGGGAAAUCGUGGAUCGAGGUUGAUUCUAGUCAUUUUUGAGAUUUCGUAUAGCUGUUAUGAUACUUUUGCCCCUAUGGCUGCUUUUUUCUCGUCUUGGCAAAGCGCACUGAGAUCAUCGUUAUUUUUAAUACCAAUAUUGGUGUAGGUUUGUCAGACUCAUCUUACAUAUCAAGUAUCCGCUAGUGUCUUCGCAAGACUUCAAUACAAUAGUCAUCGAUGUGAUCUGUAUCACCAUUGUCACCCAGAUCAGUGAGUAUAUGUUGGGAAUGGAGUGUACCAGUUAAGUUUGAUACUCUUUGUAAGCCUGUGUGAGUUGCAAUGAUGAUGGCAAUCAUGAAUAUGGUACCCAAUGUUAUGGAUUCAAGUCUUUAGGUACAAAUUUUGUGUUUG